UCUGCUGCGUGUUUCCCCAGGUGGAGGCGGACGAGUCGAAGAAGGAGCAAAUCAAAAUGGCGAGCCAAGAGGAGUCCGUGAGGGAGUUCGUCGCCGUUACUGAUGUGGACGAAGAGAGGGCCCGGUUUUUCCUGGAGUCUGCCGGCUGGAACUUGCAGCUCGCACUCGCAAGUUUCUUUGAGGAUGGAGCCGAUGACGACAUAGUGACGCUCCCUCAACCUGAGGGAGGCUCCUCGGUGUCCCGGUCUGCAGGGCCAAGUACACAGCCCAGAGUGACCUCUUUCAGAGAUCUGGUGCAUGAGGCUGAGGAGGAGAGUGAUGAGGAAGAAGGUCAAAGGUUUUUUGCAGGGGGAUCAGAGCGCAGCGGGCAGCAGAUCGUUGGGCCUCCCAAGAAGAAGAGCUCCAAUGAAGUGGUGGAGGAUCUGUUUAAGGGAGCCAGAGAACAUGGAGCGGUACCUCUGGACCGUAGCGGGAGAGGGCCAGGGGAGCCUAGUAAAGCCAGGGCCUUUGUGGGUGGAGGUUACAGGCUAGGAGCUGCUCCUGAGGAGGAGUCAACCUAUGUGACUGGAGAGAGACGAGCUGCUAACAGCCAACAAGAUGUACACGUGGUGCUUAAACUGUGGAAGACGGGUUUCAGUCUGGAUAAUGGUGACCUCAGAAACUACAGCGAUCCUGGAAAUGCCAACUUCCUUGAGGCAAUCAGAAGGGGGGAGAUCCCCCUGGAGUUGAGGCAGCGGUCUCGAGGGGGGCAGGUCAACCUGGACAUGGAGGACCACAGAGACGAGGACUUCUCCAAACCCAAGUUCGCCUUCAAGGCCUUUGGAGGUGAAGGACAGAAGCUGGGAAGUGCUACCCCAGAGUUGGUCACAGCUCCGGCCACCUCCCAGCAGGACCAGGCUACCAACGAAGCCCAAGCCACCACUUCGGUGAACCUCGACUCCUCCCAGCCUGUCACUAACAUUCAGAUCCGACUGGCUGACGGUGGCAAGCUGGUCCAAAAGUUCAACCAUACCCACAGAGUGUCUGACGUGCGCCAGUUUGUGGUCGCAGCCCGGCCCACCAUGGCCGCCAGAGAGUUUGUUCUCAUGACCACCUUCCCCAACAAGGAGCUGUCAGAUGAGACUGAAACGCUGCAGCAGGCCAACCUCCUCAACGCCGUCAUCGUCCAGCGGCUAAAGUGAGGUUGGACGAGUGUAAGGUCAAUCCCUGCUGGUGUGGCUGAGUACUGCAGCCACGGAAACCUGCUGCCCCUUCUGAGGGAGGAGAAAAAACAGACUUAUGUAUGGACUUCUAAAUUCUGAUUUUGUUUUUUGUUUUUCUAAAGUCAAAAUGUAACCUUCUGCUCCCCCCACCACCACCACUAUCACCCUCCACCCCUGUGACGGGCAGUAAAUGACAGGGGGAACCUUAAAAACCUUCCAAAACAGAGCCGAGAGCUUUGAGAAGUUCUGGAAAGCUGCCGAUGCUGUUGCUGAUUUUGGUUGUGACGGGGUCGUGUUCACCUGAGAGCAGCAGAUGGUUUCACCCAAAAACCCAGCAGCAGUCCAGCUUUCUAAAGAGCAGCUUGGUUUCAGUGUUCAAUAAACUCAGCUUUUUUCCCCCCCAUUAACUUGCUCCCAAGUCUUUCUGUGAACCUUCAUUUGGCCCUUCAUCUGUAUUUUCUCUCAGGGGCUGGAGCCCUCACCAAUUCCCAGUUAGUUCCCAGAACAACAUCAUUAGGAUCACCACUAGUCUUACUAAGUUAAAAGUUAAUGUCAAUAGUGUGGUUUUGUAAAUGUUUCCUUUUCUCUCCACACGCUCGUCUUGGAGAGAGAAGUGCAACAAUGUCACAAAACAUUCAGGGGAUUUUUUUUCUCCUCCAAACAUACCAGUAGCCUUACUCUCCUUUAUUCACAUCCACAGACACAUUUGUCCCUUUAUUCAGAUCAAGGAGUUAUUUUUUUUUAAGCUGCCUUUUUUCCCCUUCUUUCUCUUUUUUCCUUUACAGAUCGUAAGAUUGUGCCAGUUACACCUUUUAAUAUUGUGUAACAUCACAGCUACACAUGGCUUUAUUGUCCAACGAAAGAACAUAUAGAUUGUAAACUCUGGUUUGUAGUAGUGGAAGUUGGAUUCCUAUGACACACUGACAUCUUCUAUGCAUCCUGGGGCAACACAGAAACAUGUUUGGACCUCUGGUAAAAUAAAUCCAUUUUAUGGUUGAUGUAUAAAGAA